GAAACUCGACGGGCGAAACACAUCGAGUUCCUCGUCGAGUUCCUUGUUGGACUUGUUCCGAGGCUCGACGGGCUUGCUGUGCGUACACACGUAAUAGACAACAAUUUACUCGUUCUCCAGCGUGGUGACGCUCACCACGUACGACGGCACUAUAAAUGGGAGGUUUGAAUUCUUUGGCGCCACCCUUGGGGCUGCUUUUGCUGAUAUCGUGUUUCCGCGUGUUAGUAAAAGUUUGGUGAGUGACGAUUCGCGUUUUUCAUUCGUCGUGCUUUCAUAUCGUUUUCUGCCGUUCAGUUUGUGCUUGUGGGAUCGUAGCUUGUUUAUCGGGACGUGCGGUCAGGUCGUAUUGUUUUACAUUGCGGUUCUGUGCGCUCGUUUAAGAUUUUCACUGCGUUCUUCCUAGCACUUGCUGUUCUUCAGUGCGGUCUGAUUGUGCGGUCUGAUUACACGGUCGUUUCUAGCCAUGUUGCAGGCACCUGAUCGUCGUAGGCGACUUCGUGCUAUGCAAAUGUAUGGUUCAGGUCUUGUUGCUUUAGACCUAGACCCAGCCAUGAACAGGGUGAGGAGGAGUUCAUGGACCAAGAAUUGGUUGCUCCGUAGGAACCAAUUCUGUCAUAUGCCUCUGCUGCGGGAGAUCCAGGAAAAUAAUCCUGUAGAUUACAGGAAUUUUCGGAGGAUGUCUGAUCCUGUCUUUCAGCAGCUGUUGGCUUUGGUGUCGCCUUAUAUUACCAGGCAGGACACUGUUAUGCGGGAAGCCAUCAGCGCUGAACAGAGGCUAGUUGCCACCUUACGGUAUCUGGCAACUGGGAGAAGCUUGCAGGACUUAAAGUUCUCGACGGGCAUCUCCCCCCAGGCUCUGGGCCUCAUAAUCCCAGAUACCUGUUCUGCCAUCAUCCAGGUUCUGCAGGAUGACUAUAUGAGGCUUCCGUCCACGCCACAGGAAUGGCAGACUGUGGCAGCGGAGUUUGAGACGCGUUGGAACUUCCCCAACUGCGGGGGAGCCAUCGACGGAAAGCACGUCCGCAUCGUGCCUCCACCCCGUUCUGGUUCUGAGUUCUACAAUUAUAAGGGGUUCAACAGUAUUGUGCUGAUGGCGGUGGUGUCAGCACAGUACGAAUUUCUGUACGUUGAUGUGGGCAAGAACGGCCGGAUGUCGGAUGGGGGAGCUUUCAGGCAGACUGAGUUCGGGGAACGACUCCAAGACGAAGAUCUUGCAUUGCCACCGGAUGCGGACAACGUGGAAGGACUCCCCUUCGUCUUCUUGGCUGAUGAAGCUUUUGGCCUGGGACCCCAUCUAAUGAGGCCAUUCCCCCAGCGCACCCUCACCCCAGAGAGGAGUGUUUUUAAUUACCGGCUGGCCAGAGCCCGGAGGGUGGUGGAGAAUGCCUUCGGGAUAAUGGCCAGCCGGUUCCGCCUGUUCCUAACCUCGAUCCAUAUGGCGGAGUACAAAUGGAACUAUAUCGUAUUUGCAUGCUGCAUUUUACAUAAUUUUUUGAGACGAAAUUCCACAAACUAUAUGGCCAUGGUUGGGCCUGAGGCUGGACUUAACAAUCCCGAGCAAAUCUUGCCGGGCCUGGAACCUGCCCGUACUGGCUUGCCCCCCCAAAGUGGCCGUGCAGUCCGUGACCAAUAUAUGGAGUAUUUUAUGGGUAGGGGGGCCAUUCCCUCACAAGCCAAUUUGGCUUAGCUUUGUUUUAUCACAUUAUAAAUCAGUGUACCCAAAAAUUUAAA